UUCAUAUUUACCGUACACACACGAGAGUAAAAUCAAUCUUCUCAUUGAACUCUUAACAAGAAAUCAAAUAAGAGAAUUUCCUAAAAUGUGAAAUUAUUCCUUUAACUUAACUCUUAACUACAUUCAACAAGUGAAAAAACAUGCCAGCCAACAUACCCAGACUAAAAUUUGCAACACUCCUGGAUGAAACAGCAGGAAAUAGCUAUGAGGAAAUAGUAUACCACCAUCAUACAGUGGCUCUAUGGUCAGGUUUUGGUUACUUUCCUUCAUAUCUGACAUUUGAAUCAAAUAACACAACAAGUGAAUCCCAACAGAAAGGCACACAAUUGAUGUGCAAACUGACAUCUUUGUUCAAACCCCAUUUUCUUCUUUUUUUUUGCAGCACUUACCCGCAGCACAGUUUUAAAAUCCAACCUUUACAUCGCAGCUCACUGCCUGACAACAUACAAUAAGCAACGUUCUAGUGCGGCUGUAAGCACAGGAGAGGUGUGUGUGUCUGCGUUACACCCAGCCAAGUGGCCUUCUACAACACCACAGGUGGUUGCAGCUGCAGAUCUGACGUCUUCUCCUGUGUGACCAGCUGUAAAAUGAGUGACAGAGAGAAUAGAGGAGAGUGAUGAGACGUCUGGAGGACAGCACUUUGUCUUCCUGUGAGUCUUUUUUUUUUUUUUCUGUAUGGCUCCUCUUUUGUCCCUCCCUGCCACGCCUCCAGGGGUCGUCUUGGCAACAUGUUUUACUGCUGGCAGCCAUAUAAAUACAGCAUUGGCUCCUGUAAACUAGGAUAGCUGUGCACAGUAACACUCAAUGCCAAGGACACGGCGAAGAAUUCUAAAAAAAGGAGGCACACAGGGGAAUGCAGUGCAAUUCUAAUGAAUAUUUGAUAUUAUUCACUAAAUUUUUGUGGAAGGAGUGAAUAUAUUUCGCCAUAUGCAAGAUGGACUGAAAAUGGGGCAGAAAACAAGCCAGAUUAAACUCUUCUGACCCUGAUCUGAUUGGCUUUUUCAGCUCAGCAUGGAUAAUAAUCUGCACCUGAAUAAACAGAUAGAUGAGUGUCCUCAUGGAGGAAGUAGGGAAGACAGUCUCCUCAACAUGUUGACUGAAACUGUCCGGGGGCUUGAAGCUGUCAGACUCUCCAGAGAUCAUUAUAAUGGAGCAGUGAGUGGACGGAGACGCACAGGAGAGGAGACAGAGACAGGGAGUGAUGAAGGGAUAUGCAGUCCAGCAAGGAAGGAGACAGAGAGUGAAGGGACGGAGAGAGGAAGGAGCGCUGAUGAAGAACAGGAGGAGAAAGAGUGCAAGAAGAAAGUUCUUGCAGUGCUGAGGGAGUUGAGUGUUUUUCAUUCAAACAGAGUGACAGCAUGGAGAGAAGCUUUCAGAGAGUGUGCCUGCAUCCUCAACAAGUCUCCACCAGGGGGCGUCGAUGUGCAACAUCCAUCUACAACAGAUAAAACAGAAAGUAAAGUCACACUUUGCUCAGACUUCUUUGGCGAUACUUUUCGGAGUAUUAGUGAGGACGUAGAGAACAUUAUGGACAAACUGAACACAGUCAUAACCAAGCUGGAUGGCGAAAUCCUCCAAAUAUGCGCAGAAGAGACCUUAGCCAUGGAUGCAGCACUUGAGGAAAGUAAAUACCCAGAAGAUGGCAAAAAUCACCUCAACUCCCACGAAUCUGACUCGGGGUGUAAACAGGAUAUUGAAGAUGAAGGUGAUCAAAGCCUUAUAAGGCCAUCACCAGACACUGACCUAACAUCAGACUCCAACUUUGACAGUUUUGUCUGCAGUGAUGAAGCAAAGACUGGGCAAAGACAAGAGGUCAAAGGUCAAGAGAGUGGUAAUGUUUUGCUAGAGAGUCACACAGAUUUCCUGGAGAAGACAAAGAAAGACACAAAAAGGAUAGAUGACAAGAGCAAAGAGGAGACAAACAAUGAAUGGAUCACAGUAGGGCUCACUGGUCACCUGGAGGAUGGUCAAUCAGACGUACCAGAAGUAUGCUUUAUCAGAGCACCUAUGGGUGUCGCUGAAGUCCUGAGGUGUGAGGUGGCUGACACCUUGAGCUGCCUGAUGGUGACUGGCUCUGAGGAGCUGGUCAGCAGAGUGGUCAGGGUCAAGGUUCAACACAGCGCCAACGUCCGCUUCCCUGUGACUGUGGUUCUGCCUUAUUGCACACGUUACCGUGGCAGCUACAGGGAUGUCGCCGUCAAGGUAGUCGAUGGGGAGAGGAGGGCGAGCUACAUCACUCCUGUAACAACAGAGGGCACGUAUGGAAGGCAGAGGGGCUCAUUUGCAGAGGUGAGGGUGUACUCUCUGGGCCUGUUUGCCGUGGUUUCCUGUCUAAAGAGAGAAAGUUACACAGUUCCCAGACGGGGUUUGUCACAUAAACUCCCCAUGGAUCCUCGCAUCUGCCUUAACUACCUCCCAGGAUCUUUCACUGCUCCCAUAAUGGCACAGUCCAUGAUCCAGCCAGUAGAUGCUGUCCUCUUGGCAGCAGUCAAGUCCAGAAGUGAUGCCUAUCACUCGGUGGUGUCUACCAGCCCGCUGCUCUACCUCACUCACCCGUCCUCUCAACCACUGAGAAGACCCCUCACACUCACCCUUCCUUGUCCCCCAAACCCUGACAAGAAGAGGGACACCAGGGGGCAAAGGGAGGAGACAGAGCAUCACCACACUUGGCCUGUCAGUGGUAAUGCAGUGUGGGAUCAAGCUUCUUCCCACAGAAUGAGGAUGCUGGGCUCCUCUGUGCAGUCCUCUAAAGAGACGUCUACCGAGCUGCUGAUUGUUCUGGGCUCAAGGGACAAACUGUGGAGCGUCUUGGAGAAAGUCACCAUCAGGAAUCAGCGUAAUGGACUGGUGUCCUUUGAGCUGACAGAGAGCUUUGACAGACUGCUGGUGGUUCGUCUCCUCUCCCCCGUGCAGCCUUGCCAUCUCACUUCCCUGGCAGAGGAGCUGGAGGAAUCGGUCCGCUGCCACGCUGUCACCGUCGUCCUCCGGUGCCGACAAGACGAGCCCCACACAGUCCUGGUGGCUGCCCUGCCCAGCAGAGACCUCAGCUGGGAAAUGUCCAAACUGCAGGCGCAGGGAUACAGCGGCCUCCUGGAGACCUCUUCAGAGAUCUGCAUGUGCGAAGGAGACCAGCUUCUCCUCCGUUUUAGUGGAAACAUCACCUCUACAGGAACUCAAACCAACCAACAUGAUGUCCUAAGUGAGCGGAUCACCUUUCACAGUCAGCGGAAGAAUCACCUUUUCCUUCAUCUAUCUGAAGUGGACCCGUUCGGCAACUAUAGCUCCCCUCACUACAAGGGCACGGUCAUGUUUUACAAGGUCACCAGAGGUCAGCUGGAGUGGCGAGUUGACAAAGCUGUCCCAAUGGACCCGAAGCUCCUGGGGGAUCCUGUCUGUAAGCUGUCUCUGACUUUGCCCAAGAAAGUGAGACGCAUUAAUCGGCCCAUCACGGCGAGGGUUAAGUUGUGUGAGGAGACAGAUUCCCUGUCAGACUCUCUUCUUCUCUGGCUGUCCGGUAAGCUUUCAGAGGAGGAAAUAGCCCUGCUUGUGCUCUCCCUGCGCCUUCGUCGCAGCGCCACCCAGCUGGUGAAGCUCCGGGCUGGGGACAGCCUGUCCACCCAGGCCUUCCACGUCCUGGCCAUGUGGAAGAGGGGGCUGCCUGCUGCUUCACACCAACCCAAGGCCUCUCAGCUGGCCCACUGUUUGGCCAAGAGCGGAAGGCCAGAUCUGGCCCGAGAGCUGCUGCUACGACAGGCUGCAGCCACCAGGCAGGGCUUAUUGAAAUAAGGAAGCUUGAAAAAUAGAAUUCACACCGCUUUUUUUUAAUCAGCCAGGGUCAGAUCAUGUGUGUCUGCUGUAAGAGUUACUGGCAGUGUUUCCACAAGGGGUCAGCAUUGGACUGUGAGAUUCUGUGCUCUCUUCUAGACAUGGGUCAAUUUACUGUAUGUUGGUAACAAUAUAUUGUAUAAUAACAUUUAUUUGGACAUAUUUGAAGCAAAAAUAGCUGUAGAUCAUUACAUAAGACAAUGAGAGAGACAUUCAGACAAUCAAGGGCAAGUAUUCACACUGAAUCUGAAUUCCAUAAUUUUUUUUUUUACCUUAAAAUCUCAUUAAUGUACCCAUUAAUAAUGAUGAAAUGAAGGUAUUUAUUAAUGGGUUUUUAAGGAGUAAAACACUCUUAAAAUGGAACAAAAACCAUGAAAACUACCACUUAAUUUGUAUAUGUUAAAAUGCCUUAAUUUUCUAAUUAAGGGGAAAAUUAGGGGGUUGGUUUUCAUGUUUGUUUGUUUUUUUUUUUAAAACCAGGGCAAAUUAAAGGUAAAUUAAUUAGGAGUAAUUAAUGGUAUUUUAAGUAUUAUUAUUUGUUUCAUCGUGUUUAGAAAGUAUAUUUAGUGUAACCAUUUGUGUUUAACACCUACCUCACAUUAUGUGUAAUAAUGCAAUAAAUGUUUUAACAAUCUGGCUCCACACACACAAGUUAACUUUGAUAUCAAAAAAAUAAAUAAAAGUGUUGAGAUAGUUGUACACAUGACUAGUUUGCAUGUACG